AACAGCCGCUGCUCUCCGCCCUGCCUUCAGAGCUAGCUGUCUGGCCAGCAGCCACUGCUCUCUGCCCUGUCUUCAGAACUCAAUCCACCCCAAAUACAUUCUGUGCCCCCCAGUUUGAGAACUGAAAACAGUGGUGCGAGCAACAUGGCAGGGAACAGCGAGCAGAGCCUAUGGGAGCAUGAGCAGUCCGGUGGUGGGAGCCCUUCCUUAUUGGGGAAGGGAAGCUAUAGGGGAGCUAAGGCAAAUUUUGGGGUGACUAUAGCCCCACAAACCACCCCUAGUAUUGCCCCUGUUGGUGCGGGCCCUGAGUCACUGUAGAUUGAAAAGCUCCCAUCCAAUCUGAACUGGCUGUGUACACCUCCAUCAACGUCUUGGAAUGCAAACAAAAGCGUGGUCUGGAGCCAUUACGCAGCCUUAUUUGGUGCCGCUGGUGACAAUGAAGGCUUCUGAUGAGUCGGCACACUCCAUCACCCUGGCCGCCGUGGAAUAAGUGAAUAACAGCAAUCAUCUUCUCCGAGCCACUAAGUGUAUGACGGAGUUUCUAUAGGCCCUAGUGAUUCAUUGUGUCAAAGGCCUUGAUCAGAUAGUGCAUCCACCUCCAAGGUAUCUUUGGUUCAAAACGCUGCUCUGAUGUCUACAGAACACAGUCCUAUCUAGACAGUGAACCAAACACUGAGCUUGGAAUACAGUCCUUGAUGGAGCCUCCUUCUGAGCAGCUGUGGCCAUUGAGAAAAACAAUAACAGAAUGCGAAGGCACAGCAGGAAUGACUGAAGCUGCAGGAGGAGCUGGUAUCCAUUAUAACAGGCCUUGACCACCAGUUGGCACUCUGUGUGCCUGGCAGCGCAGCAUGAUUAGAAUUGGGAAGAAGAGACUUUGGGCAUCUUUCUUCUGCUUUACGGCCUUCUUUUUUCUUCUUGUUACACUCCAGGUGGUUCUUGAACUGGGCCAGUCUGAAAGGAAGAUAAAAGUCUCCAGUUUACAAGAUGGUUCAUUAAAACUGGAGGAGCAACAGAAACAUGCAUAUCAGUUUUUUAAUAAACAGGAACUCUACAGCAAUACCAGGAGAGUUUUAGAUGUGGACAGAUACCCUAUCCUGCUUUGGUGGUCCCCGCUGACUGGCGAGACUGGGAGGUUAGGUCAGUGUGGACAGGAUGUCUGUUUCUUUACUAUCAAGAGGACCUACCAGCAUAAUCACAUGACAAGAGCCUUUCUCUUCUAUGGUACUGACUUUAAUAUAGAUAGCUUACCCCUCCCUCGUAAACGCCAUCAUGACUGGGCCCUUUUCCAUGAAGAGUCACCCAAAAACAACUACAAGCUCUUCCACAAACCUACCAUCACCUUGUUCAACCAUACAGCUACCUUCAGUCGCCACUCCCAUCUGCCGCUGACUACUCAGUAUCUGGAGGGCAUAGAGGUCAUAAAGUCUCUGAGAUACAUGGUUCCAUUGCAAAAGAAGAAUAGCUUGAGAAAAGGACUUGCACCACUUGUGUAUGUGCAGUCCGAUUGCGACCCUCCUUCAGACCGGGACAGCUAUGUGCGUGAGCUGAUGAGCUACAUCCAGGUGGACUCCUAUGGUGAAUGCUUACAUAACAGAGACCUUCCCCAGCACCUCAAAAACCCAGCCUCCAUGGACGACGGUAACUUCUAUAGAAUACUUGCUCAGUACAAAUUCAUUCUUGCUUUUGAAAACGCCAUCUGCGAGGAUUACAUCACUGAAAAGCUUUGGAGGCCCCUCAAAUUGGGAGUGGUACCAGUGUAUUAUGGGUCCCCUAGCAUUACGGACUGGCUUCCUAGCAAUAAGAGUGCAAUCCUUGCAACAAGAUUUUCACAUCCCAGGGAGCUGGCACACUACAUCAAGACACUGGAUACAAAUGACCAAGAGUAUGAGGCCUAUCUAGAAUGGAAAGUGAAAGGGGCCAUCUCCAAUCAACGACUGCUCACUGCUAUCCAAGAACGCAAAUGGGGAGUCCAGGAUAUCACGCAGGACAAUUAUAUUGAUGUGUUUGAGUGCAUGGUGUGUAAUAGGGUGUGGGAAAACAUCAGAAGGCACAAAAAGGGAUUGUCACCCAGGAGAUGGAACGCACAGGUUAACCACCUGAGCUGCCCGAAACCUGAGGCUUUCUUGUUCUCCUCUCCAAACAUACGCUGGACAUCUCUGCAAGAGAUGUGGAUACCAAGCUUUGAACAAUCCAAGAAAGAAGCCCAAGCACUGAGACAGCUGGUGGAAAGGAAUAUGAACUUUACAGCUCAGGAAUUUUGGACACUUGUAUUCAAAGAAGAAACAUGAUAGGCUAUCACACAGAGUGAGCUCCCCAAAGCAGUCAGUUAUGUAAUAUUCUUUUGCACAAUGUCUUAACAUUUGUAGGUCAGUAAGUACAGCAAGGAGUUAAAUUGUCCUGUAAGAUAGAAUGUAAUAGGUACAGUACUCAGUAAGUACCGAUAAACUAUGGAAUUACCCUCAGCGAUCUUUAAAAAACUGUAUUUUUGUACUAAUUGUCAUUAGCUUGGACAUUUGAGCAUUAAGACCCCUGCUCAGGAAGGUUCUUAAUGCACAUGCCUGAUUUUAAGCAUAUGAGUAGUCCUAGUGAAGCUAAUGGGACCACAGUCACUUGCUUAGUAUCAGGACCUUCCUUGCAGACCUAGCAGAAUCAGGCCCUUUGCCUUCUCUGAUCCAAGCUCCCACAUCGUUGGGUUGACAUUCACAGGCUAUGGAAUAGUUUAUACAAUCACAUAGGUGUCACCUCUGUAGCAGAGUGCCUUUGAGGCAGGUGUAGCGAUCAGGCCUGCUGCUCAGUAUGUCUAUUUAUCAUCAGUCCCCUUGGCAUUCACAGUUUUAGUUGAGACUUGGCAAGCUAAAACGUCCUGAGGCUGAGUAGGAAUGUAAAAUGCAUCAGUAUUUAGCACUGGGAAGCUCCAUCUGCUACGGUCCGGGGACAGAAAGAAGGAAAAUUUCUGGAUAAGAUUUAAUCACCAUCUCCUGUUUAAAACAUAGAACCUUAUGAAUUUUUGCCCUCCAGGGGGAUCGCUCCAGACUAAAUAAUUCUGUUUAUUCUGUGGUAAUCUAUUUUCUUUCACGUAGACAAUAAUAGCCACACAAAGAUGACAGGCUGCGAUUGGGUGAAGCAGGGAUUAAAUGAAGGGCCUGAUCCUGCUGCAAAGCCUUACUUAUGUCAACACUAGAAAUGCUACAGCGGCACAGCUGCAACAGAGCUGUCACAGAGCCGAAGUGCCUAGCCCUCUAUAGGAACAAACCCAUGAAGCAUAUUGGAUCUCAAUGGGUAUGUCUACACUGCAAAAAUAACGCCCCCAAACCAAACCAAAUCAAAACUGUGCAAUGAGUCUCAGAGCCUGAGUCAACUGCAGGACUUGCACUAUGGGGCUCAAAAUAGCAGACAAGGCGUUCCCACUCAGUCUGGAGCCCGGACUCUGAGACCAGCC